UUUGCUGAGAUGUGCCUGCAGGAACAGAGAAACAUGACUGAUGACACUAAAGAUAUGAGACUCGGAGAAAGUCUAAGAGUCCCUGAGAAACAACAGGACACCAUCACUGACUGCUUAGACUUUAAUCUGGACGGUUCAUUUAAUGUUAACGCAGAGGAAACGCACCGUGUUGGAGCAGAGAAUGAGUCGGAGGAUACUGCAGACGACUGGAUGCGCAUCGCUGAACUACAGGCCCGAAACAAAGCCUGUCUGCCUCACAUGAAGAGCAGCUAUCCUCUGGAGUCUGGGCCCAAUGUGGGAGUGCCGGCAUUGACGGUAACAGACGAGGACCUGCGGAUGGGGGACCCGAAAGAGACCAUUCGCCGUGCGGCUUUACAUAUGUUAAAACCACAGGACACGCACACAUCGCAUACACGCAAGCGCAGAGGAGCUCCGCUGGAUAACCUGAACACAUCUGAGCCCAAGCAAAGUCGGCAGUCUGUGAUGUUCACGAUUGCUAAUACUCCAAAGAAGAGCAUGAGCAGAGGCCGUAAGGAUGCCUGUAAAUCCUCCUCAUUGUUCAGUCGUGCUCUUCGUCCUGCGGCCACCGCUGCUAACAGCAGAUCUCCUCAGACCUCCAACAAUGGCAGAAAGGUAGAAAAAGCAUAAUAUUGUUUGACCUGAGGUGUAUUCCUGAAAGCACCAUCUGACCAAACACUUUCCAUCUGCUAAACCACAAACAGAGAGGAAUUCUUAGUGCAGAUCGCCCCCUAAUGGUAGCUGAUUGGGUAAUCUUAAAUCUGUGAUUGGUGAAUUAGAAUUAUAGCGUUUGUUAGAUGCUUAUAAUACAUUAAAUUAAAGGUUGAUUAGAUCAUAAACACUACAUGCUUGUCAGAUAGUGUGUGUGUGUGCGUGAGUGAUUUUUAGAUUUGGUCCUAAAAUGGACAACGCUAAUUAUAAACAAACCAGGACUAAAUUGACCAUUUUCAUUUUUGACUUGAAGGUAAACUACCGGUGUAAACGCCCCCUUAGACAUGUUGAUUAAAGCUCAGUAUUUAAGUCUAUAUUGAAUGGCUAUUUCUGUGUGUUUAGGGAGCACAGUUGAAGUAAAAACACCAGCUGCUUUUCCUGAUCGUUAUACUGUAUGUAUCUGGGUUUUCAUGUGUCGAUUGAUG